AAUGACCGCUUGUGUGAUCCCCUUUGCUGGAGUAGAUUCCUGUUGUUGGCCGGAAUCCCAGACGUGUGCUGGUUCAAAUCCCAGCUGCUCCACAUUUGAUCCAGCUCCCUGCUUAUGGUCUGGGAGAGCAGCAGAGCACGGCCCAGCUCUGGCCGUUGUGGCCAUUCAGGGACAGAAUCAGCAGGGGCCCGUGUCGUUCAAGGACGUGGCCGUGGGCUUCACACAGGAGGAGUGGCAGCAGCUGGAGCCGGUGCAGAGGAGGACUUACCGGGAGGUGACGCUGGAGAACUACAGCCACCUCGUGGCCGUGGGCGGUGACGUCUCCAAGCCACGCGUGAUCGUGAAGUUGGAGCUGGGAGAGGAGCCAUGGCUGGCGGACAGAGAGCUUCCCUGUCUGAGUCCUCUAGGUGAGCAACAAGAGUGUUUACUGUCCCAGCCGAGGUGACAGCAGGACCCGUGGGCACG